AUGGUGGACAUCCCACCUGAGGACGAUGAACACAUCACGGACUGGAUCUGGCGUCUCCACGGGGAGGGGAGGCUGCUCGAUGCCGUCGAUGGCAGUGUACUUGUUGCCGCCGGUGGUGGUGGUGAUCAGCAGGACGACAGGGUCGCUGACGAGGCCAGACGUCUGCUGCUUCUUGGACUGGCGUGCACCGACCCUAACCCGUUGGAUCGUCCCAGCAUGGCUGAAGUGCUGCAGGUCAUCACCAAGGUUAUGCCGCCACCGGACGUGCCACCUAAGAAGCCAGCCUUCGUGUGGCCGCCGCGAGACUGGCGUUCACGCAACUCUGUCUACAGCACGGCCUUGAGUGACUGGGACCGGGACCUGGACGGGAGCUUGGCAAGCACGGCGGAGCUGGCGCAGGUCAGCAUGGAGCAGCCGUCGACAACCGUCGCUGGAGGACACGCCUCCGUUCGUAGCAGAUCGACGCAGAGACUACACGGAGGCACAGAGCAGACGCAGCCCAUGAAGGAUGAGCCGAAUCUUCCUCUCUGCUCUUGGCCUCGCUCAUAA